CCUCCAGGCUCUGCACAGACACGCUCCGCCCCGUCCCGGGUCGGCAGACGCUCACCCUACAUAAAGCAGGCACCCAGGCUGCCUAGAUGUUGGCCGCUGCGCACCCUCCUCCCGCUAGCGCUUUCUUGGGACACCUCGUCAUGGACGCUGCUCACUCCCUCGGGCUGUUGCUUCUGCCGCUGCUCCUGAUGGGGACUGUGCUGGGAGAUGCUGCUCAGGUGCCGCCAGGAAACAACGCAAUCUGCCUGCUGCCCCCGGACGAAGGGCCCUGCCGAGCCCGGAUCCCCAGUUACUACUACGACAGGUACACGCAGAGCUGCCGCCAGUUCAUGUACGGGGGCUGCGAGGGCAACGCCAACAAUUUCGAAACUUGGGCGGCCUGCGAUGAAGCUUGCUGGAGGAUAGAGAAAGUUCCCAAAAUUUGCCGAUUGGAAGUCAGUGAGGGGCAGUGUGGGGAGCCCAGAAAACAGUAUUUCUUCAAUCUAAGUUCCAUGACAUGUGAAAAAUUCAUAUCUGGCGGGUGUCACAGCAAUGAGAACCGGUUCCCAGAUGAAGCUACUUGUAUGGGCUUCUGUGCACCAAAGAAAAGUCCAUCAUUUUGCUACAGUCCAAAAGAUGAGGGACUAUGUUCUGCUAACGUGACUCGCUAUUAUUUUAAUCCAAGACACAAAGCCUGUGAGGCCUUCACCUAUACUGGCUGUGGAGGGAAUAACAAUAACUUUGUUAACCUGAAGGAUUGCAGACACGUUUGCACAAAAGCCUUGAAGAAGAAAAAGAAUAGGAAGAUGCCAAAACUUUUCCUUGCCAAUAGAAGCCUGAAACUUCGGAGGAAGCAAUUUUAACCAUUUUUUCUAUAUAUCAUCUUGUGAAUAUAGUUACAUCUGAAGAAUAAUAUGGCAACAUGAGUAAACGAAUCAUUAAUGAUUUAUUCACCCAUUUUUUUGAUACAAGUUACUUUUUUUAUUUGUGUAUUUUUAUACAUAACUAGCUGCUAUUCAAAUGUGAAUCUAUUAUUUUUAGGUUACUGUUCAACUAUUUUUCAUGAAGUUGAAUUCUUGCUGUGCGUAAGAUAAAAAAGCAAAUAUGACUCAACCAGUUUUUGGGGUUACUCUUUCUUAUUUCAGAAGAUGAUAUUAACUGAAAAGCAUAAGACAAUAUAAUCAUGCCCUUUUAACACAUAAGACUGUAAAAAGGUCUAGCAAAUACAUUUCAUUUUGCAUUUAAAAGUUGGAUUAUAUUUUAGGCCCAAAGUGACAAACUUGCAGAUUUACCAACACUUUAAAAAAUAUUAUAAGUGCUAUUAUGUAGACACUACUAACUUACUUCCAUUUUUAUUGUGUCAUUCAAAAGAUAAUAAAAUAACCUUUUUGACUGAAUUAAAAAGCUAGUAAAUUUAUUAAAAUAAAAAAUGUUCUCCUUGGGGGUUAAAGUUCUCUCUCUCUCUCAUCUAUCCAUCUAUCCAUCUAAUCCGUCCCCACUCACAUGUAUGUCUUUGUGUAUACAUAUAAAGAGAUGGCUUUUAAUAGUUUUCCUGUUGUUAUAGUAUUUCCUAAGAUUUGAUGGAUUGGAGACCACUAAAGUUGUUAAAAUUUUUUAUUGUUCAAGGUGUUUAUUUAUAUUACACCAGAGACCAUGCAUGAAUUUAAUCAUUUAAAUUUCACUAAUAAAUUAUUCUUGAUAAAUAUGAUCAUUCCAGGUAAAGAGAUUUUUUCUUUCUCUGUAAUAAAAUAUUUUUAAAA